CUUCCUCUUCUCUUGGUCUUGAUAGGUGAUCUUGCUGGUGCAAUUGGAGAUGAUGAGCAAACGGACUUCUACAUUGCUUUCAUGCAACAUGAUCCCUUGUUCACAGCCACUGCAGAUCAGAAAAACAUGAAUCUAGAUAUCCUCUCUUCUGUGAAAGGAAGCCUUCAAGAUGCUCAGGAGUCCAUGGUCUACAGCUACACAAAGGGCUUCAAUGCAUUUGCAGCAAAGCUAUCUCAAGAUGAAGCCCAAAAGUUAUUGGGCAUGGACAGGGUGGUACAUGUGAUGCCGAAUCGGUAUCACAAGCUACAAACUACCAAGUCAUGGGACUUCAUUGGAUUACCUUUAACCGCUAGAAGAAACUUGAAAAUGGAAAGGGAUAUAAUUGUGGGUCUAUUUGAUACAGGGAUUACUCCACAGUCUGAAAGCUUUAAGGAUGAUGGGUUUGGUCCUCCACCUGCAAAAUGGAAAGGAACUUGUGCCCACUUCGCUAAUUUCUCAGGAUGCAACAAGAAACUAAUAGGUGCAAGGUACUUCAAGCUCGACAACGUAUCGGAUCCGAACGACAUUUUUUCUCCGGUUGAUGUGCAAGGUCACGGGACCCACACAUCGUCAACCUUCGCCGGCAACCUCGUUAGAAAUGCAAGCCUCUUUGGGCUCGCCCAAGGCACCGCACGAGGCGCAGUGCCGUCGGCUAGGGUGGCCAUGUACAAGGUUUGUUGGGCCAGCUAUGGGUGCUCGGAUAUGGACAUACUUGCUGCUUUUGAAGCUGCUAUACAUGAUGGUGUGGACGUUAUAUCGAUUUCUAUUGGUGGAGGAUAUAUUAACUAUGCCGUUGACUCUAUAUCAAUCGGUGCGUUUCAUGCCAUGAAGAAGGGAAUUCUCACUGUGGCCUCGGCUGGAAAUUCUGGACCAAGUCUGGGUACUGUGAUGAAUCAUGCACCUUGGGUUCUAACCGUGGCAGCUAGCGGCAUUGAUAGGGCGUUUAGGAGCAAUGUUCGUUUGGGAAAUGGAAAGACCAUCUCAGGGGUUGGGGUGAGCACAUUCAAUCCAAAGCAGGCAUUAUAUCCUCUUGUUAGUGGGGAAGAUGUGGCGCGUAACCCUUCAACCAAGGAGGAUGCUAGAUUAGGACAAUGGGGAAUUGAUUCUGUUGUCAGAGAAAUUGGCGGUGUUGGCACUAUACUUGCAAGUGAUAAUUUCUUUUUCGAUUCUGCCCCAAUUUUCAUGGCCCCGGGAACCAUUGUGAAUGGCACCCUUGGUGAAAUCGUAGAUAAUUACAUACAUUCCACAAGAUCAUCAUCAGGAGUUAUACAUAAGACCCAAGAAAUAAAAAAACUGCCUGCUCCAUUUGUAGCUACAUUUUCAUCUCGUGGUCCAAGUUCCGGAUCACAACGUGUUCUCAAGCCUGAUAUUGCAGCACCCGGUGUUAACAUCCUUGCAGCUUACACCCCUUUGAAGUCGCUCACCGGCUUGAAAGGUGACACCCAAUUUUCCAAAUUUACCCUCAUGUCUGGGACUUCCAUGGCAUGUCCUCACGUCGCCGGAGCAGCAGCCUAUGUUAAGUCAUUCCACCCAAAAUGGAGUCCAGCUGCAAUCAAGUCUGCUCUUAUCACCACAACAAAUUCUAUGAGCCGGAGGGUGAAUACAGAAGGAGAAUUUGCAUAUGGUGCUGGUCAAGUGAAUCCAACUCGAGCCGUGAGCCCUGGCUUAAUUUAUGACAUGGGCGAAAUGCUUUACACCCAGUUCCUAUGCCACGAGGGGUAUAAUUCAUCCUCUUUGGCAGUCCUCGUCGGUUCAAAAUCCAUAGAUUGUUCAAAAUUCCUUCCUGGAAUUGGCUACGACGAUCUCAACUAUCCAACCAUGCAUCUUAGCUUGAAAAGCAAGCUACAGAUAACAACAGGUGUUUUCCAGAGAGUAGUCACCAAUGUCGGUGCUGCUCCAUCCGUCUACAAUGCCACCAUUAGAGCUCCCAGAGGAGUUGACAUCACUGUGAAGCCCAUGAGUCUCGUCUUCACUCGCGUCAAUCAGAAGCUGUGCUACAGGGUUGUCGUGAGGGCGAAGGCAAUGGCAAGCAUGCAAAUGGUUUCAGGCUCACUUGUAUGGAAAAGUUCCCGCAAAAUCGUAAGGAGCCCUAUUGUCAUUUAUAGUCCAGAAAAUGGUAAUAUGAAAACGGGAAACAAAGAAAGAGGUCCAAUCUAACAGUACGUACUCAUAGAGGCAUGUCUAUCAUUUUUUUUGUUUUGUUUUAUUUUUUGUUUUGUUUUUUGUCUUUUGUCUUUCUAAUCGAAUCAAAUUGGGAUCUUGUAUGCUUAUGUAUAUUGCAAUUCGGAACUAUGUAAUUCUAAGCUACUUUUGAUUAAUUUCUCCAUUUUAAUCAA